AUGGAAACAGUCGUUAAUUUUUUAAUUCGUUCGGGCCCUCCUUGUGUCCCGCAGUUGGCCGAGCUGAAGCAGGAGUGCCUGGCCCGUGGCCUGGAGGCGAAGGGCAACAAGCAGGAUCUCAUCAACAGGCUCCAGGCGUAUCUGGAGGAGCACGCUGAAGAAGAAGCGAAUGAAGAAGAUGUUCUGGGAGAGGAGAUCGAGGAGGAAGAGCAGAAGCCGGCGGAGCCGCCCGUCAAAGUGGAAGAGCCUCCUGUAAAAUCGCCCGACGUGAUCACGGAAAAGAAGGUGGUGAAAAUCACAUCAGAAAUCUCACAGAUGGAGCGCAUGCAGAAGAGGGCUGAGCGCUUCAACGUGCCCGUCAGCCUGGAGAGCAAGAAGGCGGCGCGGGCGGCUCGGUUCGGGUUGGCCACGGUUCCGACUAAAGGCCUCUCUGCAGACAGCAAACCCACGGUAAACAUGGAUAAAUUAAAGGAAAGGGCUCAAAGGUUCGGCUUGAACGUCUCCUCACUCUCCAAGAAGAGCGAAGAAGACGAGAAGCUGAAGAAGAGGAAGGAGCGGUUUGGCAUCGUCACGAGUUCAGCCGGGGCUGGAGCCACAGAGGACACAGAGGCAAAGAAGAGGAAAAGAGCAGAACGCUUCGGGAUCGUCUGAGGAGGGUCCAGCCCCUUCGCAGCGGUGCCUCUCGAGUGCGUGCACCCCCUGCCCCUUCCUCCCCCCACUUUCCCCCCCCCCUCCCCACUGUUUCUCUAGGGUUUAGCGAUGGGUAGACAGGGAAUCCCCCGUAGUUGUAUGAUUGUGCUACUUUUUUAGGUUUUUUUUUGUUUUUUCUAAGUUACCAAGUUUAAAAAUGAGGAAGAGCUGAGCGAAAGGAAGACGCUGUUCUCCCUGCGGCGCCGGGGGGUUCCUGGUUUGCAGUUUGCUGCCUGUUUGCCAUCCAGUGGUCCCUCCUCCUCCUCUUCCUCCUCCUCUUCCUCCUCCUCCUGGUGGGAGGCUCAGCCCUACCCCAGUCUCUUCCCAGCCCUGGAGACAAGGACGUGGUCCCAUCCUGCUCCCAACCUCCGGCAUCAUCUCACCCCCGGCUCGGCCGGGAUCCGGCAGGAUGAGUGUGAGGGAAGGAUUUUCUCAAUAAUAUUGUCUCCCAGUUUCAAAAAGCAGCAGUGACAGGGGGGGCUUCACUGGGGGCUUUCCCUCCCGGCCUGAGGCUGGUGGGGACCGUCGGAGCAAAAAUCACCCGUUGACCUGAGAUUGGGACCAGAGGGACCUAAAACGGGAGGAAAAAUGGAGAAAAUGGAGCCCAUUCUCACCCCUCCUCACCCCUUUUCACCCCUUCUCACCCCUUUUCACCCCUCCUCACCCCUCCUUUUACCCCCCCUCGUUAAGCCCUCGCGGUGCCGUACCCCGGUUGCUCCGGGUGGAAAACCCUUGGUGGCCACGCAGGAACUCGGGGCCCUUUUGGUGAAAUUACGGAACAAAAUCUGGCCGAAUCAGGCAAAAGGUGGCACUUCCUGCAGCUUUAGUGUCUCCACCAGCACCGUGGGUCCUGGGGGGGCUGUUGGGACCGAUUCCCCCAGGAAUUGACCCAGGAGGAAGAGGGGGUGAAGCACAGGAGGAGCCAGUGCCCGUCCCAUCUCUGCCUGGAGAGUUGGUGUCACUCCAGCCUUGGUCCCUGCUCGUCUUCCCUCCUCCUGGAAUUCCUAUUUCUGGCCAUAACCUCCCACCGGGGCGAUGCUGGAGGGCAGCGGCUGCGGGUUCAAAUCCAGCUUUUCAGAGGCUCGUACCGGGUUCUUAAUAAGCAAUAUAUAUAUUUUAUGGUGGUUUUUUUUUUAAAAGCAGCUAACGGCUGCGUCCCUGCCCUCGGGGACCCCCAGCAAUACCCGGGACGUUGGGGUCCCUCCCCAAAAAGCCCCGGGGUCCGGGGUUGGCCGAGUGAGUGGAAGUUCCCUUUCUCCUUCCUGGUUCCACGUCAUAACCUCGUUACUCCGAUAUUAUUAUUAUUAUUAUUUUGUUUUCUUUUUUUUUUUUUUCUUUUGUAUGUCGGAUUUUGUAAGACGUGAUUUUCUAUUUGGCCCGUUUUGCUGGUUUAUUGGCUGGAAAUGUUUUCGUCCGGGCGAACGCUCCUUCUCCUUCUCCUUCUCCGUUUUUGGUAAUAAAAGUGCUUCUCCGGGGC